CUGCAGCUCCAGAAGCUGAGGAACCAGCACAGAAGCCAGUGCUGGGCGAGCUGAGGGCCUCCCAGGUGGGCCCCGAGUCGGUGCAGCUGGAGUGGAGCGUCCCCGAGGGCACCUUUGACUCCUUCACGGUGCAGUACAGGGAUGGGCAAGGCCAGCCCCAGGUGCUGCCCGUGGACGGGGGUUCGCGCACGGUGAGCGUGCCUGGGCUGUCCCCGUCCCGCCGCUACAAGUUCAACCUGUACGGGCUGUGGGGCCGCCAGCGCCUGGGCCCUGUCUCCACCGACGCUGUCACAGCUGCAGCUCCAGAAGCUGAGGAACCAAGAAGGCAGCCAGUGCUGGGCGAGCUGAGGGCCUCCCAGGUGGGCCCCGAGUCGGUGCAGCUGGAGUGGAGCGUCCCCGAGGGCACCUUUGACUCCUUCAUGGUGCAGUACAGGGAUGGGCAAGGCCAGCCCCAGGUGCUGCCCGUGGACGGGGGUUCGCGCACGGUGAGCGUGCCUGGGCUGUCCCCGUCCCGCCGCUACAAGUUCAACCUGUACGGGCUGUGGGGCCGCCAGCGCCUGGGCCCUGUCUCCACCGACGCUGUCACAGCUGCAGCUCCAGAAGCUGAGGAACCAAGAAGGCAGCCAGUGCUGGGCGAGCUGAGGGCCUCCCAGGUGGGCCCCGAGUCGGUGCAGCUGGAGUGGAGCGUCCCCGAGGGCACCUUUGACUCCUUCACGGUGCAGUACAGGGAUGGGCAAGGCCAGCCCCAGGUGCUGCCCGUGGACGGGGGUUCGCGCACGGUGAGCGUGCCUGGGCUGUCCCCGUCCCGCCGCUACAAGUUCAACCUGUACGGGCUGUGGGGCCGCCAGCGCCUGGGCCCUGUCUCCACCGACGCUGUCACAGCUCCAGAAGCUGAGGAACCAAGAAGGCAGCCAGUGCUGGGCGAGCUGAGGGCCUCCCAGGUGGGCCCCGAGUCGGUGCAGCUGGAGUGGAGCGUCCCCGAGGGCACCUUUGACUCCUUCACGGUGCAGUACAGGGAUGGGCAAGGCCAGCCCCAGGUGCUGCCCGUGGACGGGGGUUCGCGCACGGUGAGCGUGCCUGGGCUGUCCCCGUCCCGCCGCUACAAGUUCAACCUGUACGGGCUGUGGGGCCGCCAGCGCCUGGGCCCUGUCUCCACCGACGCUGUCACAGCUGCAGCUCCAGAAGCUGAGGAACCAACAGAGAAGCCAGUGCUGGGCGAGCUGAGGGCCUCCCAGGUGGGCCCCGAGUCGGUGCAGCUGGAGUGGAGCGUCCCCGAGGGCACCUUUGACUCCUUCACGGUGCAGUACAAGGAUGGGCAAGGCCAGCCCCAGGUGCUGCCCGUGGACGGGGGUUCGCGCACGGUGAGCGUGCCUGGGCUGUCCCCGUCCCGCCGCUACAAGUUCAACCUGUACGGGCUGUGGGGCCGCCAGCGCCUGGGCCCUGUCUCCACCGACGCUGUCACAGCUGCAGCUCCAGAAGCGGAGGAACCAACAGAGAAGCCAGUGCUGGGCGAGCUGAGGGCCUCCCAGGUGGGCCCCGAGUCGGUGCAGCUGGAGUGGAGCGUCCCCGAGGGCACCUUUGACUCCUUCACGGUGCAGUACAGGGAUGGGCAAGGCCAGCCCCAGGUGCUGCCCGUGGACGGGGGUUCGCGCACGGUGAGCGUGCCUGGGCUGUCCCCGUCCCGCCGCUACAAGUUCAACCUGUACGGGCUGUGGGGCCGCCAGCGCCUGGGCCCUGUCUCCACCGACGCUGUCACAGCUGCAGCUCCAGAAGCUGAGGAACCAACAGAGAAGCCAGUGCUGGGCGAGCUGAGGGCCUCCCAGGUGGGCCCCGAGUUGGUGCAGCUGGAGUGGAGCGUCCCCGAGGGCACCUUUGACUCCUUCACGGUGCAGUACAGGGAUGGGCAAGGCCAGCCCCAGGUGCUGCCCGUGGACGGGGGUUCGCGCACGGUGAGCGUGCCUGGGCUGUCCCCGUCCCGCCGCUACAAGUUCAACCUGUACGGGCUGUGGGGCCGCCAGCACCUGGGCCCUGUCUCCACCGACGCUGUCACAGCUCCAGAAGCUGAGGAACCAGCACAGAAGCCAGUGCUGGGCGAGCUGAGGGCCUCCCAGGUGGGCCCCGAGUCGGUGCAGCUGGAGUGGAGCGUCCCCGAGGGCACCUUUGACUCCUUCACGGUGCAGUACAGGGAUGGGCAAGGCCAGCCCCAGGUGCUGCCCGUGGACGGGGGUUCGCGCACGGUGAGCGUGCCUGGGCUGUCCCCGUCCCGCCGCUACAAGUUCAACCUGUACGGGCUGUGGGGCCGCCAGCGCCUGGGCCCUGUCUCCACCGACGCUGUCACAGCUGCAGCUCCAGAACCUGAGGAACCAACAGAGAAGCCAGUGCUGGGCGAGCUGAGGGCCUCCCAGGUGGGCCCCGAGUCGGUGCAGCUGGAGUGGAGCGUCCCCGAGGGCACCUUUGACUCCUUCAUGGUGCAGUACAGGGAUGGGCAAGGCCAGCCCCAGGUGCUGCCCGUGGACGGGGGUUCGCGCACGGUGAGCGUGCCUGGGCUGUCCCCGUCCCGCCGCUACAAGUUCAACCUGUACGGGCUGUGGGGCCGCCAGCGCCUGGGCCCUGUCUCCACCGACGCUGUCACAGCUCCAGAAGCUGAGGAACCAACAGAGAAGCCAGUGCUGGGCGAGCUGAGGGCCUCCCAGGUGGGCCCCGAGUCGGUGCAGCUGGAGUGGAGCGUCCCCGAGGGCACCUUUGACUCCUUCACGGUGCAGUACAGGGAUGGGCAAGGCCAGCCCCAGGUGCUGCCCGUGGACGGGGGUUCGCGCACGGUGAGCGUGCCUGGGCUGUCCCCGUCCCGCCGCUACAAGUUCAACCUGUACGGGCUGUGGGGCCGCCAGCGCCUGGGCCCUGUCUCCACCGACGCUGUCACAGCUGCAGCUCCAGAAGCUGAGGAACCAAGAAGGCAGCCAGUGCUGGGCGAGCUGAGGGCCUCCCAGGUGGGCCCCGAGUCGGUGCAGCUGGAGUGGAGCGUCCCCGAGGGCACCUUUGACUCCUUCACGGUGCAGUACAGGGAUGGGCAAGGCCAGCCCCAGGUGCUGCCCGUGGACGGGGGUUCGCGCACGGUGAGCGUGCCUGGGCUGUCCCCGUCCCGCCGCUACAAGUUCAACCUGUACGGGCUGUGGGGCCGCCAGCGCCUGGGCCCUGUCUCCACCGACGCUGUCACAGCUGCAGCUCCAGAAGCUGAGGAACCAACAGAGAAGCCAGUGCUGGGUGAGCUGAGGGCCUCCCAGGUGGGCCCUGAGUCGGUGCAGCUGGAGUGGAGCGUCCCCGAGGGCACCUUUGACUCCUUCACGGUGCAGUACAAGGAUGGGCAAGGCCAGCCCCAGGUGCUGCCCGUGGACGGGGGUUCGCGCACGGUGAGCGUGCCUGGGCUGUCCCCGUCCCGCCGCUACAAGUUCAACCUGUACGGGCUGUGGGGCCGCCAGCGCCUGGGCCCUGUCUCCACCGACGCUGUCACAGCUCCAGAAGCUGAGGAACCAAGAAGGCAGCCAGUGCUGGGCGAGCUGAGGGCCUCCCAGGUGGGCCCCGAGUCGGUGCAGCUGGAGUGGAGCGUCCCCGAGGGCACCUUUGACUCCUUCACGGUGCAGUACAGGGAUGGGCAAGGCCAGCCCCAGGUGCUGCCCGUGGACGGGGGUUCGCGCACGGUGAGCGUGCCUGGGCUGUCCCCGUCCCGCCGCUACAAGUUCAACCUGUACGGGCUGUGGGGCCGCCAGCGCCUGGGCCCUGUCUCCACCGACGCUGUCACAGCUCCAGCUCCAGAAGCUGAGGAACCAACAGAGAAGCCAGUGCUGGGCGAGCUGAGGGCCUCCCAGGUGGGCCCCGAGUCGGUGCAGCUGGAGUGGAGCGUCCCCGAGGGCACCUUUGACUCCUUCACGGUGCAGUACAGGGAUGGGCAAGGCCAGCCCCAGGUGCUGCCCGUGGACGGGGGUUCGCGCACGGUGAGCGUGCCUGGGCUGUCCCCGUCCCGCCGCUACAAGUUCAACCUGUACGGGCUGUGGGGCCGCCAGCGCCUGGGCCCUGUCUCCACCGACGCUGUCACAGCUGGAGCUCCAGAGGCUGAGGAACCAACAGAGAAGCCAGUGCUGGGUGAGCUGAGGGCCUCCCAGGUGGGCCCCGAGUCAGUGCAGCUGGAGUGGAGCGUCCCCGAGGGCACCUUUGACUCCUUCACGGUGCAGUACAAGGAUGGGCAAGGCCAGCCCCAGGUGCUGCCCGUGGACGGGGGUUCGCGCACGGUGAGCGUGCCUGGGCUGUCCCCGUCCCGCCGCUACAAGUUCAACCUGUACGGGCUGUGGGGCCGCCAGCGCCUGGGCCCUGUCUCCACCGACGCUGUCACAGCUCCAGAAGCUGAGGAACCAGCACAGAAGCCAGUGCUGGGCGAGCUGAGGGCCUCCCAGGUGGGCCCCGAGUCGGUGCAGCUGGAGUGGAGCGUCCCCGAGGGCACCUUUGACUCCUUCACGGUGCAGUACAAGGAUGGGCAAGGCCAGCCCCAGGUGCUGCCCGUGGACGGGGGUUCGCGCACGGUGAGCGUGCCUGGGCUGUCCCCGUCCCGCCGCUACAAGUUCAACCUGUACGGGCUGUGGGGCCGCCAGCGCCUGGGCCCUGUCUCCACCGACGCUGUCACAGCUGCAGCUCCAGAAGCUGAGGAACCAACAGAGAAGCCAGUGCUGGGCGAGCUGAGGGCCUCCCAGGUGGGCCCCGAGUCGGUGCAGCUGGAGUGGAGCGUCCCCGAGGGCACCUUUGACUCCUUCACGGUGCAGUACAGGGAUGGGCAAGGCCAGCCCCAGGUGCUGCCCGUGGACGGGGGUUCGCGCACGGUGAGCGUGCCUGGGCUGUCCCCGUCCCGCCGCUACAAGUUCAACCUGUACGGGCUGUGGGGCCGCCAGCGCCUGGGCCCUGUCUCCACCGACGCUGUCACAGCUGCAGCUCCAGAAGCUGAGGAACCAACAGAGAAGCCAGUGCUGGGCGAGCUGAGGGCCUCCCAGGUGGGCCCCGAGUCGGUGCAGCUGGAGUGGAGCGUCCCCGAGGGCACCUUUGACUCCUUCACGGUGCAGUACAGGGAUGGGCAAGGCCAGCCCCAGGUGCUGCCCGUGGACGGGGGUUCGCGCACGGUGAGCGUGCCUGGGCUGUCCCCGUCCCGCCGCUACAAGUUCAACCUGUACGGGCUGUGGGGCCGCCAGCGCCUGGGCCCUGUCUCCACCGAUGCUGUCACAGCUGCAGCUCCAGAAGCUGAGGAACCAACAGAGAAGCCAGUGCUGGGCGAGCUGAGGGCCUCCCAGGUGGGCCCCGAGUCGGUGCAGCUGGAGUGGAGCGUCCCCGAGGGCACCUUUGACUCCUUCACGGUGCAGUACAGGGAUGGGCAAGGCCAGCCCCAGGUGCUGCCCGUGGACGGGGGUUCGCGCACGGUGAGCGUGCCUGGGCUGUUCCCGUCCCGCCGCUACAAGUUCAACCUGUACGGGCUGUGGGGCCGCCAGCGCCUGGGCCCUGUCUCCACCGACGCUGUCACAGCUCCAGAAGCUGAGGAACCAACACAGAAGCCAGUGCUGGGUGAGCUGAGGGCCUCCCAGGUGGGCCCCGAGUCGGUGCAGCUGGAGUGGAGCGUCCCCGAGGGCACCUUUGACUCCUUCACGGUGCAGUACAGGGAUGGGCAAGGCCAGCCCCAGGUGCUGCCCGUGGACGGGGGUUCGCGCACGGUGAGCGUGCCUGGGCUGUCCCCGUCCCGCCGCUACAAGUUCAACCUGUACGGGCUGUGGGGCCGCCAGCGCCUGGGCCCUGUCUCCACCGACGCUGUCACAGCUGCAGCUCCAGAAGCUGAGGAACCAACAGAGAAGCCAGUGCUGGGCGAGCUGAGGGCCUCCCAGGUGGGCCCCGAGUCGGUGCAGCUGGAGUGGAGCGUCCCCGAGGGCACCUUUGACUCCUUCACGGUGCAGUACAGGGAUGGGCAAGGCCAGCCCCAGGUGCUGCCCGUGGACGGGGGUUCGCGCACGGUGAGCGUGCCUGGGCUGUCCCCGUCCCGCCGCUACAAGUUCAACCUGUACGGGCUGUGGGGCCGCCAGCGCCUGGGCCCUGUCUCCACCGAUGCUGUCACAGCUGCAGCUCCAGAAGCUGAGGAACCAACAGAGAAGCCAGUGCUGGGCGAGCUGAGGGCCUCCCAGGUGGGCCCCGAGUCGGUGCAGCUGGAGUGGAGCGUCCCCGAGGGCACCUUUGACUCCUUCACGGUGCAGUACAGGGAUGGGCAAGGCCAGCCCCAGGUGCUGCCCGUGGACGGGGGUUCGCGCACGGUGAGCGUGCCUGGGCUGUCCCCGUCCCGCCGCUACAAGUUCAACCUGUACGGGCUGUGGGGCCGCCAGCGCCUGGGCCCUGUCUCCACUGACGCUGUCACAGCUCCAGAAGCUGAGGAACCAACAGAGAAGCCAGUGCUGGGCGAGCUGAGGGCCUCCCAGGUGGGCCCCGAGUCGGUGCAGCUGGAGUGGAGCGUCCCCGAGGGCACCUUUGACUCCUUCACGGUGCAGUACAGGGAUGGGCAAGGCCAGCCCCAGGUGCUGCCCGUGGACGGGGGUUCGCGCACGGUGAGCGUGCCUGGGCUGUCCCCGUCCCGCCGCUACAAGUUCAACCUGUACGGGCUGUGGGGCCGCCAGCGCCUGGGCCCUGUCUCCACCGACGCUGUCACAGCUCCAGAAGCUGAGGAACCAACAGAGAAGCCAGUGCUGGGUGAGCUGAGGGCCUCCCAGGUGGGCCCCGAGUCGGUGCAGCUGGAGUGGAGCGUCCCCGAGGGCACCUUUGACUCCUUCACGGUGCAGUACAAGGAUGGGCAAGGCCAGCCCCAGGUGCUGCCCGUGGACGGGGGUUCGCGCACGGUGAGCGUGCCUGGGCUGUCCCCGUCCCGCCGCUACAAGUUCAACCUGUAUGGGCUGUGGGGCCGCCAGCGCCUGGGCCCUGUCUCCACCGACGCUGUCACAGCUCCAGAAGCUGAGGAACCAACAGAGAAGCCAGUGCUGGGUGAGCUGAGGGCCUCCCAGGUGGGCCCCGAGUCGGUGCAGCUGGAGUGGAGCGUCCCCGAGGGCACCUUUGACUCCUUCACGGUGCAGUACAGGGAUGGGCAAGGCCAGCCCCAGGUGCUGCCCGUGGACGGGGGUUCGCGCACGGUGAGCGUGCCUGGGCUGUCCCCGUCCCGCCGCUACAAGUUCAACCUGUACGGGCUGUGGGGCCGCCAGCGCCUGGGCCCUGUCUCCACCGACGCUGUCACAGCUGCAGCUCCAGAAGCUGAGGAACCAACAGAGAAGCCAGUGCUGGGCGAGCUGAGGGCCUCCCAGGUGGGCCCCGAGUCGGUGCAGCUGGAGUGGAGCGUCCCCGAGGGCACCUUUGACUCCUUCACGGUGCAGUACAGGGAUGGGCAAGGCCAGCCCCAGGUGCUGCCCGUGGACGGGGGUUCGCGCACGGUGAGCGUGCCUGGGCUGUCCCCGUCCCGCCGCUACAAGUUCAACCUGUACGGGCUGUGGGGCCGCCAGCGCCUGGGCCCUGUCUCCACCGACGCUGUCACAGCUCCAGCUCCAGAAGAUGAGGAACCAACCUCUCAACCCACUCUGGGUCAGCUGAGGGCUGCCCAGAUCACUCCUGAGUCCAUGCAGCUGGAGUGGAGCGUCCCAAGGGGCAGUUUUGACUCCUUCCUGGUGCAGUACAGAGAUGCCCAGGGCCAGCCUGAGUCCCUGCUGGUGGAUGGAGGCUCUCGCACGGUGACAGUGCCAGGGCUGGCCCCGUCCCACCGCUACAUCUUCUACCUGUAUGGGAUGCUGGGGCAGAACCGAGCUGGGCCUGUCUUCCUGGACACCAUGACUGCUGCAGCUCCACAGAGCAUGGAGUCUCCACUCCCACCUCGGCUGGGCGAGCUGAGUGCUCCUCACGUCACCCCCGAGUCGGUGCAGCUGGAGUGGAGCGUCCCCGAGGGCACCUUUGACUCCUUCACGGUGCAGUACAGGGAUGGGCAAGGCCAGCCCCAGGUGCUGCCCGUGGACGGGGGUUCGCGCACGGUGAGCGUGCCUGGGCUGUCCCCGUCCCGCCGCUACAAGUUCAACCUGUACGGGCUGUGGGGCCGCCAGCGCCUGGGCCCUGUCUCCACCGACGCUGUCACAGGGGCCCCUGGCACGCUCUGGGUGGGCACUGUGUGGCCUCGCAGUGCCCUGCUGCAUUGGGCACCCCCCACAGUGCCCCCUGAAGGCUACGACCUCCUCUACGGCCCCCCCGGAGGGCCCCAGCAGACGCUGAGGCUGACCCCCGGGACCACCUCGCAGCACCUGUGGGGCCUGGAGCCGGAGCAGCUCUACGAGGUGCAGCUGCGGGGCCGGGGGGGGGGACUCCUCCACCCCCCACUGGAGACCACCUUUGACACGCGUCUCCUCCUCGCCCCCCCCCCAGCUGCCCUCCCCCACCCCCACCCGCGGGACUGCCGCGAGGAGCAGCUGAACGGGCCCGGCCCCUCCCGCCCCUCCCUCAUCUUCCUCGGGGGGGACCCCCAAAGGCCCCUCCCUGUCUACUGCGAUAUGCAGACCGACGGCGGCGGCUGGCUGGUGUUCCAGCGGCGCCAGGAUGGGGGCACAGACUUCUGGCGCGGGUGGGAGGACUACGCCAGAGGCUUCGGCAACGUCAGCGGCGAGUUCUGGCUGGGGAACGAGGCCCUGCACGCGCUGACGGCGCAGGCCCCCACGGAGCUGCGCGUGGAGCUGCGCACGCGGGACGAGGAGGCCUUCGCGCGGUACCGAGACUUCGCCGUGGGCGGCCCCGAGGAGCACUACCGCCUGCGGCUGGGCGCCUACAGCGGCAGCGCCGGGGAUGCCCUCUCGUACCACGCCGGCAGCCCUUUCUCCACGCGGGACCGCGACCCCCGCGGGCGCCCCCGGCCCUGCGCCGUGGCUUACACCGGGGCGUGGUGGUACCGCAACUGCCACUAUGCCAACCUGAACGGGCGCUACGGUGCCAACAGCCUGCACCAG